AUGAUCAUGUGGUUCGCGAACUGGACCGUCUUCGACGGACACGCAAGGGUGACGGGAUCGGCAGGCUCCUCGUCAUUUUCGGCGGCAAAGAUGGCCCGGGUUGGCUCGGCCUGCCGUCCGCGUUUUGGGGCCGGUUCGGCAUCUAGAUCGACAGUAAAAGGCCGUUUGCCGGCCGCUCGGGAGGAAGCCCCUUCGGUAGUGGCGCCUCGGCGGGGAGAAGGGUCGGCCGCUGCCGCUCUGGUCUGUGCCGAUUCGGCGUUAAGCUCACGGAGGCGAUCGGCCAGCGUCUGGUCCUCAGGGUCCACCGAUGCCGAGCCCUGCGGCUGGGUUUUCUUCUUCUUCCCUGGAAGCCCAUCAUAA